AUGAAGCCCUCGCCACAUCACACCGGAAUAGCGACCCUAGAGGACCUCUUGCAAAGCCGAGCAAGAAGCAGCCCGUGCCAACGCCUUCUGUUCUACGCCCCGGGAAACCCCAGCACUCCGACGGACAUAUCAUAUGCCCACCUGCUGGCUCUGGCAACCUCAAACUCGCGAGCCGUCCGUGCUCUCCCAUCAUUCCGAGAGCAGAAGCCAAUCCUGCUUCAUCUGGACAACCACCAAGACACAAUCCUUUGGUUUUGGUCCAUUCGGAUGGCCAGAGGGCUCCCCGUACUUUCUACUCCAUUCAGCAAUGCCCCAGGUUACCGCAACAAGCACAUCAAGGGCCUUUCAAACCUGCUAGAGUCUCCGAUCUGCAUUACACGGACUGUAAAUGUCUCACUCUUCGACGGCGUGGAUCAUGGCCUUGAAAUCGUGACUGUUGAGCAGUUGGAAGAAUGCAGCAGGAAAGGACACAAAGAAGAUGGAUUGGAUCGGAACGGCCUACCACGAGCACAAGGAGAUCCAAACUCCCUGGCCAUGCUGAUGCUGACAUCGGGGAGCACGGGCAACGCCAAAGCCGUGUGUCUGACUCACAGCAUGGUGUUGGCAUCAGUAGCAGGGAAGUCAGGGGCAUGUGUUCUUCCGCCCGGUCGCCCGUUUCUGAAUUGGAUCGGCCUCGACCACGUCGGAGCCUUGGUCGAGAUACACAUUCACGCCCUGUGGGAAAACGUUGACCAGGUUCACGUCGGAACUACCGAUGUUGUAUCGUCACCGUUUCUCUUCCUGGACCAUCUGAGUCGCCAUCGUGUCUCCCGGUCCUUUGCGCCCAACUUCUUCCUGGCCAGUCUCGUAUCAGCCAGCAAGAGGCAGCCGGAACAAAACACCAAUCAGUGGGAUCUUUCAAGCCUGGCAUUUCUCGUGUCUGGGGGAGAGGCAAAUGACAUGCAGACAUGCGUGGAAGCCUCGGCGCUUCUCGAACGGUAUGGCGCGCCCAGGAAUGUUAUAGCCCCCGGGUUUGGAAUGACCGAGACAUGCGCUGGCUGCAUCUACAGUACAAGCUGUCCAGACUAUGAUCUCGAGAGGGGCUACCCCGUUGCCUCACUCGGCACAUGCAUACGUGGCAUGGAGAUGCGAGUCCGAGUCAGCUGGGGAUCUGGGCCCGGAUCGGAUCGGCAACGAAGAAACGCCUUGCCAAAUGAGCCGGGCGAUCUCGAGGUACGGGGCACCAUGGUCUUUGGAUCGUACUACAGAAACCCGGCGGCUACGGAGCAGGCAUUUGCGGAGGAUGGGUGGUUCCGCACCGGGGACCGCGCUCUGUUGGAUUCUAAUGGCCGCCUAUGUCUGGUAGGACGUGUGAAAGAACUGGUCAACAUCAACGGGGUGAAAACGCCCAUCGCCGAUAUCCAGCUGCUCCUCGAACAGGCUGUUCAAGGGAAGGAAGUUGUCUCGCGUCUUUUUGUCUUUCCAUCCAAUAAUGCUCACACGGAGCAAGUGACAGUUGCUUAUGUGCCGGCCAAAAUCGAAUGGGAAGCCGAGGACGUUGCCAUCCGAAUGGCUGAGGUUGACAAAAGCCUAACGGAAGCCUGUCUAUUGGCCACCGCCUCUCGCCCACUCAUCUUUGCCUUGACUCCUGAAUCAAUGCAACUGCUGCCAACAACAACAUUGGGAAAGAUUUCACGAGUCAAGAUGAGAUCUCUUUUUGAGAGAGGUCUCUUUGCCGUUGAUGCUGCCCGACACCGCAACCUGGUAAACGGUGUCAGCAGAAAGGGGACGCCCAGGAACUCCAAGCUGACGGAUGUGGAGGCCGGCAUCCUCCAAGACUUUACCAGAGAACGACGAGGUAAUUUGGAGAGCGGGUGUGACCUCGAUACUCCUGUAUGGGAGCUGGGCUUCACGUCCAUGGACCUCAUCCGCCUGAAACACGCCCUCGACAAGCGGUUCACCAUGUCAUUACCCGUCAUCGCCAUCAUGAAGAACCCCACCGCUCGUGCCCUAGCAGCAGUAGUCGAGGACAUCCUCCAGCAAAACAAAAAACCCCAACCCAUCCCAACCCCCCUUACCAACCGAACCACCUCCCUCCCCAACUACGACCCUGUUAUCAUCUUCCGCCCACCACCCGCCAACCCUCCCUCUCCCGAAAACCAAACCCCCACCCCCCUCUGGCUCAUCCACCCCGGCGUGGGCGAAGUCCUCGUGUUCAUCCCCCUCAUCCACCACCUUUCCCUCUCCUCCCCCCAAAGACCAAUCUACGCCCUCCGCGCCCCCGGCUUCGAGCCGCCCAAUCCCCAUCACGAGCCCUCCUCCCCCCAGUUGUUCACCUCCAUCACCCAAGCCGUAACCUUUUACGUCUCGGCCAUCAAACGCCACCAACCCAAAGGGCCGUACUGCCUGGCGGGUUACUCCUACGGCUCCAUGCUCGCCUUCGAGAUGGCCAAGCUCCUCCAGCAAGCCGGCGACAGCGUCAAGUUCCUCGGCGUCCUCAACCUGCCCCCGAGGAUCAAGGAGAGGAUGAGGUACCUGAACUGGAACCGGUGCCUGAUCAACCUCGCCUACUUCCUCGGCCUGGUCGCGGGGGAGGAGGAGAUGGAGGAGCUGGACCGGAUGCUGGCCCGGGAGGGGGACAAGGGCAGGGCUUUGCGGGGGGUGCUGGAUGUGGCGGAUGUGGGGAGGUUGGCGGAGCUGGGGCUGGGCGGGGGAAUUGGCUCGGUGGGCGGAUGUGGCGUAUGGGCUGCAGAGUAUUGCCGUGGAUUAUGA